AUCUAAGCAAAAGAAGGCAUGCGCCGCAGCAACAUCCAAGGCAGCGGGCUUCCCGCAUUUAAUUACGCAUUCACCCUUCACCGGUUAAGGCACCUGACGCAGCGCACUGCGCACGCGGCACGCCUCAGCAGCUCAGCCAACACCGCCGACUCUCCGUGACGCCGUCUGCUCGCCGGAGACGCAACCUAUGGCUUGAGUGUAGAGUGCUUGACUCAGUUGACUGGCGACAACUUCAUUUGAAUCUCCUCACUUGGGUUUGAUUCAAGCCAAGUGUAUAGUCGGCCCAGGGUAAACAUCGGUCCUGGCUACGCCCUUGGGCCGGUGGAUGCUCGAGCAGGGACUGACCGGGUGGACGAGCGACCAGCGGUUGAUGGCUGAUGUCGAGCGGCGGCAGGGGGUCUUAGACCGGAACGGUGACGGCAGCUCUGGUGAGGGUCAGGGCGGCGAUAUCUCCGGGAGGGCCUCGGAUGGUCCAGAUGCGAAAAUUACAGAUCCGCCACUUCCCCUCUUCCAUUUUUUGCAAAAAUCAUUAGCUUUUUCGUAUCCAAUUUCUUUUGUUUGUAUAGUUGUUGAAAAUCAGUUCUUCGCCUCAAGUUUGUUGUCGAAGCUGAAAGAACACACUUACUCUUUUUGAAUUCAGGCGCUAGUGUUGAGUUUAAUCCAACAUAAUAUAGUAAAUAUAUGUAUAAAUGUGUAUGAACAACUAUUUUUAUGUGGAAACCCGAAAGGGAGAAAACCACGGGACUUUUUA